AGGCCAACGCCCAGCUCUCUCAGCGCACAUAGGCAAGUACGACCUUCCCUUCACCAUUCAGGAAGCAAAAUACCCACUGAUCAUCAUCAGUUCAGCUGUGAGAUUUAAGGACUAGAUAUGUCGAGGGUGUUGGAGCCUCUCAUUGUGGGGAAGGUGAUUGGUGAGGUGUUGGACAAUUUCAACCCCAGCGUGAAGAUGAUGGUCACCUACAGCUCCAACAAGCAGGUCUUCAACGGACACGAGUUCUUCCCCUCGGCAGUCGCCGCCAAGCCGCGUGUCCAUGUCCAAGGGGGCGAUCUCAGGUCCCUCUUCACAUUGGUGAUGACUGACCCUGAUGUGCCAGGACCUAGUGAUCCAUACCUGAGGGAGCACCUUCACUGGAUUGUUACUGAUAUUCCUGGGACUACUGAUGCUUCUUUUGGGAAGGAGUUGAUGAGCUACGAGAGCCCAAAGCCAAACAUAGGCAUCCACAGGUUCAUCUUCGUUCUGUUCCAGCAGGAUCGCCGGCACAAGGUGAGCCCGCCGUCGUCGAGGGACCGCUUCAGCACCCGCCAGUUCGCCCAGGAGAACAAGCUCGGCGACCCCGUCGCCGCCGUCUACUUCAACGCACAGCGCGAGACCGCCGCACGCCGGCGCUAGCCGCUGACGAGCUACAGCUGAACGAAACCAGACCAACCAACGACCCGCGUACCUGAUCCUGCAUGGACAGACGAAAUACGAUUAAUUAUCUUGCCAGCCUUUUUCUUCUUCAUGCAUGCCUGUUCAAAUAAUAACACUAGUAAAUUAGCUGCUUGCGUGUGACCCAUGAGCUAGUAGCUUGAGCUUACUAGUACUUGCUGCACAUUUUUGUUAGUUUUGUGAAGGUGACAAUAUGAUUGGGAGGGUUGCAAUGUUGAUUGGGAACUGUGUGAGAGUCGAAGCAAAAUGGCCAUGGAGGGGUACGUGUCGAGUGGUGAAGGGGAGGGAAAGCAAUGGCAUGGCUCUUGUAUUCCCUUGCCUACUAUUCUGUCAUACGGUUCUUCAGUGAUGUUUGCAGUGUACUUUGUCAGAUCCUGUCACUACUACUUGCUGCUUGUUUUUUAAUUCCAUCGUUACA